UUGAAUAUUUUAAUGCUGUAAACAAGAAGUCUUUUUACUUUCGAAUAAAGAGACAUUUUUGGAAUGUAAACACUUAACACAUUUGUUUCAGCUGUUUUUAUGACGCUGCCCCGUCGCGUUUUAUGUAUUUUAGUGGUAAUUUUGUUUUGGUUGAUGCUUUGGUUUUAAAUUUUGAGAAAUGCAAAUCGUUUGGAUCUCACCUUAACAACGCUGAGUUAAUAUAGACAAAUGUCUUUAAAAUUUUUAUAUGGUCGCUAAAUCUUUUUAUGUCUUAAAUCUUGUCAAUAAUUGUCAAUAGAAAUGACCACUGAAGAUAUAAAUGUUAUCACAUCAGGAGGGUUUGCUGAAGCAUUAAAACUGUUAGUGCCAGAAUUUGAAAAACAAUUUCCUUUUAAAGUUAACAUUUCAUACGGUUCAUCUAUGGGUGGAGCUCCCGACUCAAUUCCAGCUAGACUUAGCAGGAAUGAAAUAUUUGAUGUUAUCAUUCUUGCAUCUUCAGCAUUAGAAGAUUUUAUUCAGAAUGGUUUGGUUAAAGCAGGGACACGUGCUGAUUUAGUAACUUCAGUUAUUGGAGCCGUAGUUAAAGCUGGUUCACCAAAGCCUGACAUAAAAACUGUGGAAAGUUUAAAACACACCCUACUAAAUGCAAACUCAAUAGCAUGUUCUGCUAGUGCUAGUGGUACAUAUAUACUAACUUAUCUUUUUCCUAAACUUGGUAUCGCUGAUGAAAUGAGAGCAAAAACAAAAAAAAUAUUUAGCGAGAGAGUCGGACAUGUUGUUGCUAGAUGUGAUGCAGAGAUUGGUUUCCAACAAGUCAGCGAAUUAAUUGCAAUUCCUGGUGUUGAAUUCCUUGGAGAAAUCCCAUCUGAAGUCCAACACUGUACUGUUUUUUCAGCCGGUAUUAUGAGUAAUUCAUCAAACUUUAAUGCAUCUAAAGAUUUUAUAAGUUUUUUAGCAUCUCAUAUGGCUGCACCUUUAAUUAAAAGUACUGGUUUAAAUCCAAUUAUACCAAUAUUGCCUUGGUGAAGGUUUUUAAUGCAAACUUUCUUUGACUUUUUACUCACUAAAAAGCGUUGAAUAUUAUUUUAACAGUUUUGAAUAUUAUAAAACUAAAGCA